GGGAAAGCCGUCUACAGAAUCGACGACCGCGUUCCUUCCAACACUUCGGGAAACGGCGUCUACGAUUACGCCCCCUUCCGUUCUACACUCUCUUUCGUCUUGGCCGUCGCUAGAUCCGCCGAGGAAACUCAAGAAUCCACCAAUGAUGCCACCGGGAAAUGCCUGAGCGGCAUGCUCCGUACAUCGGUCCUUCACUCAGCCGCCUUCGGUCUAACCAACAAUGGUCUAACCUUUACUGGGUACCUUGUAAUAGGCUACCACAACCGCCUCCAAGCCUCGGGAACCUGCCUCGACAGCCCAAAUGACGGUCUAACCACUGCCUGCCCGUGGGACUCGAGGAUCAAAGGAGAGUUCUUCCACCAGACCACCUUCAGCAUCAGUCUAUCCGUCGUCAAAGACUUCAUCCACGACGUCCAAUCACUCGUCGCCAUGGACCCAAAGUCGCUAUGCAUUUUGGACCAGUACAACGGCAUCCUGAUGCGUUACGUGGCGCCUUCCAUGGCCUACCUUGGGAAACAAGAAAAUGGGCUAGACUUCGACCUAACGUACUACAGAAGCAAGGACAGUACAAUGCCAAGAAUGUUUGAGGACGUUCUUGAGGAGAUCGAGCAGAUGGCGGUGUUCAAGUAUGGUGCAUUGCCGCAUUGGGGGAAGAAUCGUAACGUGGCGUUUGAUGGGGCGAUAAGGAAGUAUCUACGUGGUAAGGAGUUUUUGAGGGAUGGGUGUGGGUUGGAAGGUUUAUGUGUUUGUUCGGAAGAUAGGCAUUGUGCGCCCAGUAAAGGGUAUUUCUGUAGGUCUGGGAAGGUUUAUACGGAUGCUAGGGUUUGCAGUAACAGGUCGGUUAGUUGGGAUUGAUAUUAAAGUGAAACAAAUAUGUAAUAGAUACAAAGGAAUGUAUUAAAUUGAUUAAUAAAUGGCUUGAGGCAAGUAAUUGUAGAGUGGAUUUCAAGUAGUCUUUUCUCAUAACUUUAUUCCAAAGAUUUUGUUGAAGUUAAAUUUCAAGUUGCUUUCUACUUUAGUUAUUGUUUUAUAAUUAA